GCUGACGUAUGUAUGCCGGUUGUACAAAUUGUGAGGUUAAGUUAACCUGAGAGAGUCGGUCCGAAUGUGCGGAGAGAGUUGCACGCAAUUUACGCAAAUUCUCGGAGCGAGGAAAGAGAGGAGGGACGAGUGUCUUAUGACUAUUCCCAAAUCUUCCAGCAACGAUGGCUGUUAGCAGCGGAGCGUCAUUCGUGCUGUCGUCGAUAUUGAUGGUGUUGCUGUUCUCCGGCAUGCAGAUGUACAAAGUCUGGCUCGGCUCGUCGCAGUUGGGAACGAUUCUCGGGGGGCUGGUCGGGUCCAUGCUGUUCAUGUGCACGCUGACCGCCGUGGGAAAUCUUGAAAGUACCUUAUUCGGAAAGUCCUUCCAGCAAAAAUUAAUCCCAGAAGUGGUCUUCUCAUUGACGCUAAGUCUAAUCGCUUCUGCCCUAAUCCACCGUGUGUCCACUACGACGUGUUUGAUAUUCUCCUUGAUUGCGCUGUAUUACAUGAACAGAAUCUCUCAAGAAACAUACGGCGUGUCUGUGCAGAGUACAGUAAUGCAAUCUAAGAAGCGCAAGUGAAUAGGUAUAAGGAUGUUUGUGUUACACAUAUCUUUUUUUACUAUCGUGUACAUCAUAAUGUCACACGUUCCAUGUAAAGCUUCCAAUUUGUAAUACAAUGCCAAUUUUAAAUGGUUCAAUA